CGCGACCGGGACGCGUUGCAAUCGGGCGAGCAACGGGACUCAAUUUACCAAACGCUGGCUGCGGCCCUCGCCAGAGCAAACCAUCUCCACACUCAAAUCAGAACUGCCACCGAGGCAAUUGAACUCCGCCCUUUCCACAACGGCUGCUUUCUUGUAAUGAUCUAGUGAAUUUCUUGCUUUCGGUCACACUUUUGCUUUCCUUGUUUCUGAUCGGUUGUACCUCGUCCGACGUGUGGGCUGGUCUGUCGAUGUCUCUUGUCGCAAUGUCCAGCAACAUUCAAGACCGAGAUACGGUCAACCGAAAACGAUCUCAUGGGGAAUUUCUAGAUCAGGAGGCUUGUGGCCCUGUAGCGUCCAACGAGCCAGAGCAUGCCCGUGUCGACGCUUCCCUGAGCGACAAAGAAAACGACACGCCGUGUAUUUCGCGCGAGGUUUCAGCCUCCCCAUUAGCAAAGAACACACCCGGUUCGACGGAUCCGGCAUGCUGUGGGCUCGAUGGAACCGCAGAAUCCCCCUCGCCGACUCCAGCGCAACUCUCCGCAUCUUCCAUAUCCACACCACCAACAUCGACCAUGACGAAGACCACAGCACAGAAAGUGACCGGCGGGCCACCGAAGAAGAAGAGGCUGACAGCCGAGGAGAAAGCAGCCAAGGAAGCGAUGGCAGAAGCCGAGAAGCGCAAGAAGCAGGAAGAACGUGAAAAGAAGCGGCGCGAGAAAGAAGAGGCAGAGAAAUUGAAGGCCGAACAGAAGGCUGCCAAGGCUGCCGAGAAGGCCGAGAAAGAACAGGAGAAGAAACAACGAGCCGACGAGCGGGAGAGAAGAAAGCGGGAGAAGGAGGAAGAAGAGGCGAGGAAGGCGCGAAGCCAAUUGAAGCUCACCAGCAUGUUCAAUCGCGCCCCAACGACCCCGAAAAAGGAUUCUGACGCUUCCAAGAAAGAGGAAGCUCACCAAACAGGCACCGCUACGAACGGCGAGGCCAGGACGACGUCACUUUAUCACCAGCUGUUCAAGCCGUUCUUCAUCAAGGAACACGUCCGACUUGCCCCCAACCCCUAUCAGCUGGAUGAUGAGACGAGGGAGGCCAAGACCAGGAUUCUGGAUGAGUAUAUCAAGGGCGACCGCGAGAAGCCGGCUGUCGCGUUCGACCCACUGGAAAUUCUUCAGAUUCCUUACAAGAUUCGCCGCGGGCGCGUCUACCCAAGUGUCCGCAAGAUCAUGGCGGAGCUCGAGGGCCUUUCCUCCGAUUCUCCAGCAGAUGCCACCACGGAAUCGCAGAACGCACAAGUGCGGCACACUCUGGAUGCGCUAAAGUUGGUACCUUUGAAGUCCAUCAAGUUUAUGGAAGAUGUGAGACCGCCAUAUAUCGGUACCAUCAGCGGCCUGCCGCCUGGCGUCAAGAGUCUGCGCAAACUGGCGCGGAAUCCUGUCUCCAAAACUAUUCUCCCCCUGAACUACGACUAUGAUUCCGAGGCAGAGUGGCAAGAAGAGGAGGGCGAGGACGUGGAUGAUUUGGACGAUGAGGAAGAAGAGGGGGACAUGGAUGAAGACAUGGCGGAUUUCCUGGACGACUCCGAGGAUGUGGGACCCACGAGGAUGGUGUUUUCCGGAGGCAUGGAACCCGAGAGCAUUGGGCCGUACUGGGAGGACCGUACACGGAGAACCGCGGAGCCGAAACUGUACAAAUACCGGCUGGAGUUUAUUCUGGAAUCUCUGAAGCAUCACCACAGCAUCGAUCCCUUCUCCGGCGCCUAUUGGGAGUCAGCAAAGCCGAAGGCCGGCACAGGCAGCGAAGCAUCGGCCGCGUCAGCAUCGACGUCGGCGACUGGCCCUCAUCUUGCUGCUUCCGGUUCCACCCAGGACGCGCGUCCUAGCCCGAUGGCCCCGCCCCCGGCACCAUCCGAUGCGUUCAAGGCACUCAACCCGGGGACCAAGAAACCCCAGCAGCCCCUGCCGCUUGAAAUGCAACAGGAGCUGAAGGAUCUUGUGCGCUCGAUGCCAACGCUCAGCAAAGUUGGCGUGAUCGAGUUAUUUGCGGCGAAGCAUCCGGGAUGCCCACGAGCGCAGAUCAAGACGUCGUUUGACGCCCUGUUUGAGAAAUCAGGGAAGGUGUUCAAGGUGAAGGGCGAGUAGGCGGUGUCUCAGCUUCGUAACUACAAGCACUAUUCC